AUGUCGGAGCAAGAGAAGAAAAGCGGCGGGAACGCCGGGGGCUCAACUAUAGUGAUGGUGGACCAGUCGUCGGCGCACCACAAGCAGCCGUACCGGCCCACCGAGCUAGAGGAGGAGGCCCACGACCCGCACCACAAGCGCACGCGCGCGCCCGCCGUCCCAUCUGUUGCAGAAGAUCUGAAACAGUCGGAAGAUUCGAAUGCCAGCGGAGUUGAAAAUAGAGAACUAAAGGAAACUGAUGCACUUGCAACUGAAAAGAAGAAGUUCGGAGCUGGAAAAAAAGUGUCUUCAAACAAGAAAAGAGAUCCUCAGCCUGAGUCUUUCCCAAUGGCAAUCAUAGAAACUGAAAGAAGUCGAAUGGUUACAAAAAGUGUUGUUCCUCAGAAACCCGGUGGUGCGUCACAGCCGAUCCCGCCAGAUGUGGCGACCACCCAGCCGACCAAGGACAAACACCCCGACGAGGACAGCGUCGUCGAAGACGUCGCAGACUUGCGGACCCCGGAAGUCGAUGCCAGGCACUCCGAAUGGUCGGACGACGAGGAGGCGGGUGGGCUGCCGCGCAGCGACUCGCGCGCGUCGCGCGUGUCCCGCGCCGUGCGCCAGCUGUUCUGCUGCGGAGUCAUGCUCGAGGCGCCCUCCGAGGACAAGAUCUCCACCUGUCGCCACUACGCCCUAUAA